CUUCCCUCGGCUUCGCCUUCUGGGGCCCCUUCGCGGGGCCUUCGCCGCAGCGGCUGGAUCCGCCUCUGGGUCCAGGUGAGCGCGCCGCUCGGCUCGUUUCCCCGAGGACGGGCAAUACGUACGCCCUGAAGGCGAUUGCGCGAAGCCGCAUCCAAGAGCACAGCGUCCACCUCUGCGUCGAGCGCGAGGUCGACUGCCAUUCGAGGAUGGACCACCCGAACAUCGUCAAGCUGUUUCAGCACUUCGAGGAUUCGGACAGCAUAUACUUGUUGCUGGAAUUUGCCACUGGCGGCCAGCUCUACGCACACAUGCGUCAGCGCGGGGUGUUGCCAGACUUGGAAGCAGCCGGGUAUUUCUCGGACGUCGUCCAUGCUCUGAUCUACGUGCACGGGCAUGGUAUUGCUCACCGUGAUACACCACGUCUCGCGUGACCGCGACCGGACGGCUUACUGUGUUGACUUGGGUACCUCUGUCGGCGGUCAUGAGGCUUCGAGGGUUGCCAGGGGGCCUGUUCGGGCUCUCUUGGGGCUCUCUUCUUGCUCUUUGGAGGGCGGUCGUGGGCUGUCUUCAGGUUUUCUUGGGAACAUUCGGGGCUUCUCUUGGGCCGCUUGGAUGCGGUCUGGGUGAUCCUGGAAGCCAUCUGAAGGCCAUGCUGGAUCAAAGGGUGUCGAUGAGUGGAGACGGGUCCGAGCUGGUCGCCUCUCGGGGGCCUGUCGGAGGAACCUCUGUGCCCUCUUGGGGGAAUGUUGGGUACCACUGGGGGAACUCGGGGCCGCCUUAGGCGUUCUCCGUGCCGUAAUUAUGGGGGGAGAUCCGCCCGACAUGGGCGAUGACAGGUUCUUCCGUUUGGCUACAUGGCGCAGCAGUUCCACAGGCGGUGCCUGCUCUCGCGCCUUGAGGGAGGUGCUGCCCUGGGAUGAUUGCUGGCCGGGGAGUGUGCCGCUGUCCGGGGGGCCGCGCGAGGCCGCGACGACAACCGCGCACCGCCGCGCGUGGCGCGCGACGAGCGGCGGCCUGGGUGCCUUCGGCCACGCGCAGAGGGGGG